AACAUGCAGAGGAACAAGCAGGUGGCGAUGGGCAGGAAGAAGUUCAACAUGGAUCCCAAGAAGGGCAUCCAGUUCCUGAUUGAAAAUGACCUGCUGAAGAACACGUGUGAGGAUAUCGCUCAGUUCCUUUACAAGGGAGAGGGCCUCAACAAGACAGCCAUCGGUGACUACCUGGGCGAGAGGGAUGAGUUCAACAUCCAAGUCCUGCAUGCCUUCGUGGAGCUGCACGAGUUCACUGACCUCAACCUCGUGCAGGCGCUGCGGCAGUUCCUGUGGAGCUUCCGGCUGCCCGGGGAGGCGCAGAAGAUCGACCGGAUGAUGGAGGCCUUCGCCCAGCGGUACUGCCAGUGCAACCCCGGCGUCUUCCAGUCCACAGACACCUGCUACGUGCUCUCCUUCGCCAUCAUCAUGCUGAACACCAGCCUGCACAACCCCAACGUCAAGGACAAACCCACAGCAGAGCGCUUCAUCGCCAUGAACCGUGGCAUCAACGAUGGAGGGGACCUACCUGAGGAGCUGCUCCGGAAUCUCUAUGAGAGCAUCAAGAAUGAACCCUUCAAAAUCCCUGAGGACGAUGGCAAUGACCUCACCCACACGUUCUUCAACCCUGACCGGGAGGGCUGGCUCCUGAAGCUAG